AUGGGGAGGGGAAGGAUUGAGAUCAAGAGGAUCGAGAACAACACGAGCCGGCAGGUCACCUUCUGCAAGCGCCGCAACGGGCUCCUCAAGAAGGCGUACGAGCUCUCCAUCCUGUGCGACGCCGAGGUGGCGCUCAUCGUCUUCUCUAGCCGCGGCCGCCUCUACGAGUACGCCAACAACAGUGUGAAGGCUACGAUUGAGAGGUACAAGAAGGCACACACCGUUGGCUCUUCCUCUGGGCCCCCGCUCUUAGAGCACAAUGCCCAGCAAUUCUACCAGCAAGAAUCUGCAAAACUGCGCCACCAAAUCCAGAUGCUGCAAAACACUAACAGGCACUUGGUUGGUGAUUCUGUGGGAAAUCUGUCACUCAAGGAGCUGAAGCAGCUGGAGAGCCGCCUUGAGAAAGGCAUCUCUAAGAUCAGGGCCAGGAAGAACGAGCUGCUGGCUGCCGAGAUCAAUUACAUGGCCAAAAGGGAGACUGAGCUUCAGAAUGACCACAUGAACCUCAGGACCAAGAUUGAGGAGGGAGAGCAACAGCUGCAGCAGGUGACCGUGGCCCGGUCUGUCGCAGCAGCAGCUGCCACCAACGUGGAGCUGAACCCAUUCUUGGAGAUGGAUACCAAAUGCUUCUUCCCUGGCGGUCCCUUCGCGACGCUGGACAUGAAGUGCUUCUUCCCUGGCAGCUUUCAGAUGCUGGAGGCGGCGGCGGCACAGCAACCCCAGAUGCUCGCCACCGAGCUGAACCUCGGCUACCAACUGGCGCCGCCUGACUCUGACGCUGCCAACAAUAACCCUCAUCAGUUCUAA